GAGCCAGGCUUAGUAUUCCACACAUACAUAUAUCGCGAAUCUCUGCAUCUUCUUUCACUACUCUUCGGUUCAACUGCACAUUAAUAAUAAGAAACCGUUUGUUUCUUCUGCUUUUCUGCUUCCUCUUCACGCUACUCGACCCGCUCUUCUCGGAAUCCGGAUCCGCUCCGUUUCUACCCGAACUAUACUUCGCUUCUCCAGAUCUACUUUAGCUUAAGUUAGAUCGAGCAACUGAUUCCAAGGAUUUGGUUUAAAUUUGGUGCCUUUCUCCUUGAUGGUGAAAAUGAGGAUGCCCACAGUUCACUGGGCUUCCCUUUUGGUGGUGCUUUUUGCACACACUUGCAGUGCAUUUUAUUUGCCUGGUAGCUAUAUGCACACAUAUUCAACUGGUGAAAAGAUCGUUGCCAAAGUCAAUUCAUUAACUUCUAUAGAAACUGAGCUUCCAUUUAGCUACUACAGUCUCCCUUAUUGCAAGCCGCCCGGUAGAAUUAGAAAAAGUGCUGAAAAUCUUGGGGAACUUCUUAUGGGAGAUCAGAUUGAUAAUUCUCCAUACCAGUUUAGAAUGAAUAUCAACGAGUCUGUUUUUCUUUGCACUACACCUCCAUUGAGUGAACAUGAGGUAAAGCUUUUGAAGCAGAGAACUCGUGAUUUGUAUCAAGUGAAUAUGAUUUUAGAUAAUUUGCCUGCUAUGAGGUAUGCCAAGCAAAAUGGAGUUAAUAUUCAGUGGACUGGGUUCCCAGUUGGGUAUACACCGCAGAAUAGUAAUGAUGAUUAUAUCAUCAAUCAUUUAAAGUUUACUGUCUUGGUUCAUGAGUAUGAAGGGAGUGGGGUGGAGAUAAUUGGUACUGGGGAAGAAGGUAUGGGUGUGAUUUCUGAAGCUGAUAAGAAGAAGGCUUCUGGUUUUGAGAUUGUUGGUUUUGAGGUUGUACCAUGCAGUGUUAAGUACGACCCAGAAGUGAUGUCAAAGCAUCAUAUGUAUGACAGUAUCUCAUCUGUUAACUGCCCCAUGGACCUUGACAAGUCUCAGAUCAUAAGGGAGCAAGAGAGAGUUUCUUUCACAUACGAGGUUGAAUUUGUGAAAAGUGAUACUAGAUGGCCUUCUCGUUGGGAUGCUUAUUUGAAGAUGGAAGGUGCUCGAGUCCACUGGUUCUCUAUUCUAAAUUCUCUUAUGGUGAUAUUUUUCCUAGCUGGAAUUGUUUUUGUCAUCUUCUUGAGGACUGUGAGAAGGGAUUUAACAAGAUAUGAGGAACUAGACAAAGAAGCUCAAGCACAGAUGAAUGAGGAGCUUUCAGGCUGGAAGCUUGUUGUGGGUGAUGUGUUCAGAGAACCAGAGUGCUCAAAGCUUCUCUGCGUCAUGGUCGGAGAUGGAGUUCAAAUUACAGGGAUGGCAGUUGUCACUAUUGUUUUUGCAGCCCUUGGUUUUAUGUCUCCAGCAUCACGAGGAAUGUUACUGACCGGAAUGAUAAUUCUUUACCUUUUCUUGGGUAUUGCUGCAGGCUAUGUUUCAGUACGUUUGUGGAGAACCAUGAAGGGAUCUUCUGAAGGGUGGAGGUCAAUUUCAUGGUCAGCUGCAUGCUUCUUCCCUGGAAUUGCCUUUGUUAUCCUCACGGUGCUGAAUUUCAUUCUGUGGGGAAGCAAGAGUACCGGUGCUAUUCCCAUUUCCUUGUAUUUUGUACUUCUGGCCCUCUGGUUCUGCAUCUCAGUUCCUCUCACCCUCUUGGGAGGAUUCUUUGGGACACGAGUUGAGGAAAUUCAGUAUCCAGUUAGAACCAACCAGAUUCCAAGAGAAAUUCCUGCUCGCAAAUAUCCAUCAUGGCUUCUUGUUCUUGGUGCUGGAACUCUUCCAUUUGGAACCCUUUUCAUCGAGCUGUUCUUCAUCCUUUCUAGCAUCUGGCUUGGACGGUUUUAUUAUGUCUUUGGUUUCUUGCUUAUAGUUUUAUUGCUAUUGGUAGUUGUUUGUGCUGAAGUGUCAGUGGUACUAACUUACAUGCAUCUCUGCGUUGAGGACUGGCGGUGGUGGUGGAAGGCUUUCUUUGCCUCUGGUUCAGUUGCCCUCUACGUGUUUCUAUACUCCAUCAAUUAUUUGGUUUUUGACCUACAGAGUUUGAGUGGACCUGUAUCAGCUAUACUCUAUCUUGGCUACUCACUGCUUAUGGCAAUUGCAAUCAUGUUGUCUACUGGCACUAUUGGCUUCCUCAUGUCCUUCUACUUUGUGCAUUACCUUUUCUCAUCAGUAAAGAUUGACUAGAAGCAGUUGGUAUGUUUUAACCAGUCGGAGAAAACUGCAAAUGCAAGUGCAUUAGCUUCUUGCCAUAAUUCACAUUUUUUUCUUGCUUUUUUACUUAAUUGUUAAAUUUCAUAUGAUAGCUGAUCUUGUUGUGCCCUACUGAAGACUCCAGAUUAUAUUAUGCUAAAUGCAUCAAGGCCUGUCAUGUCAGUUUUUCUA